CCUUAUCGCUGAAACCAAACAGACUUCCGGGGCACCAACUUUAGCAGUGAGGGACUGUUGUUGGAAGGGAAGGACACGUUUGUUGUGUCACACGGAGUGAGAUUAUAUUAUAAGACAGACAGCAGCAGGAACACAAUCGAUUACAGCAGUAAGGUUGCUCAGUCACCAUCUCCACUCAAGUGCAUCAAGGACGAACGCACAACAGGGAAAAGAAAUACAAUCUGAAAAGCUACUGCGUUACUGACGAGGCUAACUAGCUAAAGCUAAUCAUCAUGUUGGUGCGAAAAGUCACUCAGAAUACCGCAUUGUGCAACGCUGUGUUGAGGAUUCCUCAGUCAUUACCAGGGGUACAACGUCAAACAGGAUCUGCUCUGAGUGUACAUGGUGUUCGUCCUUAUGUCAGCCACACUGCAGAGGCGGUAUUGGAGAAGACUGUUACCGGGAGUAAUGUUGCCACCAAGGCUGACAAGUUGGACAAAAAGGCUGCCAGUGUGGAGUCCAAGUCUUUUGCUGUAAACAUGUUUAAAGGGCAGAUCAGUACCUCACAGGUGUUCCCCUUUCCCUCAGUUUUAAAUGAGGAGCAGUCUGAGUUUCUCAGAGAGCUGGUGGGGCCUUGUUCCAAAUUCUUUGAAGAAGUCAAUGACCCUGCUAAGAACGAUUCACUGGAGAAGGUGGAAGACCAAACCCUUGAGGGGCUAAAGGAGAUGGGUGCUUUUGGCCUUCAAGUGCCUGCUGACCUGGGUGGCGUAGGGCUCAACAACACACAGUAUGCCAGGCUGGUGGAGAUUGUGGGCAUGCAUGACCUGGGUGUCGGCAUCACUCUCGGUGCCCACCAGUCCAUUGGAUUUAAGGGCAUUCUUCUGUAUGGCAACAAGCAGCAGAGAGAAAAGUACCUGCCCAAGCUGGCCUCAGGUGAAACAAUAGCAGCAUUCUGUCUCACUGAGCCGUCUAGUGGCUCAGAUGCUGCUUCCAUCAGGUCCCAAGCGGUGCCCUCUGCCUGUGGAAAGUACUUCACACUUAACGGAAGCAAGAUUUGGAUCAGUAACGGAGGACUGGCUGAGAUCUUCACAGUGUUUGCUAAGACUCCAAUGAAAGAUGAGAAAACUGGAGAAAUGAAGGACAAGAUUACAGCCUUCGUCGUUGAAAGGAGCUUUGGGGGAGUCACUCAUGGCCCUCCAGAAAAGAAGAUGGGCAUCAAGGCCUCAAACACAGCAGAGGUAUAUUUUGAGAACGUUCGUGUUCCGGCUGAAUGCGUCCUCGGCGAGGUUGGAGAGGGUUUUAAGGUGGCUAUGAACAUCCUUAACAACGGUCGCUUUGGCAUGGCGGCGGCGCUCUCAGGAACCAUGAAAGGUGUCAUUGCUAAAGCGGUGGACCAUGCUGCUAACAGGACCCAGUUUGGCAACAAGAUCCACAACUAUGGAGCAAUACAGGAGAAGAUGGCAAGGAUGGCCAUGUUGCAGUAUGUCACUGAGUCUAUGGCCUACAUGGUCAGUGGGAAUAUGGACAGCGGAGCAACAGACUUCCAAAUCGAAGCGGCGAUCAGUAAAAUCUUUGCCUCUGAAGCAGCAUGGACUGUGACAGACGAGUGCGUUCAGAUCAUGGGCGGAAUGGGCUUUAUGAAGGAUGCUGGUGUUGAGAGGGUCCUGAGAGACUUGCGAAUCUUCCGCAUCUUUGAGGGCACCAACGAUAUCUUGCGACUUUUCGUGGCACUCAACGGCUUCCAGAAUGCUGGCAAUCAGCUUAAGAAUCUACAGAAAGCUCUGAAGAGUCCGUUCAGUAAUGCUGGUGUGCUGGCUACAGAGAUCACCAAACGUGCUAAGAGGAGGGCUGGUAUGGGAUCAGGUAUCACCCUGCAGGGAAGUAUCCACCCAGAACUGGCUGAGAGUGGACAGCUGACUGUUAAAGCUAUUGAAGAGUUUGGGCAGGUUAUUGAAGAACAGCUUUUGAAGCAUGGCAAGAGGAUCAUUGAUGAGCAGUUUGUGCUGAAGAGAGUUGCAGAUUGUGCCAUUGAUCUGUAUGCAAUGGUUGUUGUGCUGUCCAGAGCCUCCAGGUCUCUGAGUCAGGGUCACUCAUCUGCUCAGCACGAGAAGAUGCUGUGUGAAACCUGGUGCACUGAGGCUUAUGGAAGAAUCAUGCAGGAUGUCAAGUUCCUGAGGUCAGGCACAUCCAAGCAGGUUUUCAAAAACCUGCGUGCCAUUUCCUCAGCUGUGGUAGAGAACGGUGGGGUAGUAUCUCCUCACCCCCUGGCUUUGUAAAACUCCACACAGUCAAACCAAUAAUCUAAAGUUCUCCAUCAUAACCAUCGCUAACCAUCCAUACAUUUUAGGAUUUGCCACAUUGCUUGCCACUGACAAGCGCGGGGCUGCUAGGUGCUUGUAUUUCCACCAAAUGGUUUGAUUCUGGUACGUUGGUCUGUACAGUUAUUCUUAAAAGAGAUUCAUGUUGUCUUGGUAAAUAAUUGCAUUUAAAAUUCUGUUGGGGUAAAAGUUUGAGAGUGUAAAAUAAGCAUUUUGGGGGUCUAAAGAUCAAGAUUUGUAAAAGUAAUCUGAUGUUAAUUAACAAUCAUUUUAAUAAUAAAUCUUGACAUGAUGGAAUAGAAAGUAAGACCUUAAACACAAGCUUAGACCCACAUUCAUCCUUUUUACAGUGCUAUAUUAGAGAGCUUUUAACAAUCCAUCACUAUUCUAUUAUUUAUAUACUGUCACGUGGUUUUAUAGAGACAAAACAGCUGAGGGCUGUCAUGCUGGAUUAAACCAAGUAUUGCUUCCUUAUUUACUGAGACCUAUUCUUGUUUGAAUAGUGGGGUGGUAAACCCUGAAGACUGGUUUCAAUAAAUAAACAAAAAUGGUUGAGUAUCUGUCAGAAAAGAUCAGUUAUUCUCGGUUGUUAGAUGAGGUAUAAAUGUGUAAAAGUGCACAUUUGAAUUGGGUAAUGGUUCAGCACAGUAUCAGAGUGCUGCUACUCUGCCCAAUGACAUGCAGAGGCAGGCAUGCCUUCACAAAGGGGAUUUUUAAUCAUGAUUUUGUAGAACUCAGGGUUUUCUUUUCCCAGAAUUGUGCAUUUUUGUUUUGUUUUUCUUAUUCACCAACACUGCACAAAUAAGUGAAAUCAGUAUAGAUUUUACCUUUUCUGGACCGAUAAAAAAGGAUUUAUUAUUUACAUACACAGACAUAUACAUAUUCUAUAAACAGUUAUAUGCAAAUGUUUAAACAUCUUUGGUCACAUUUGGAUAAUUUAUGCACAUCCUUUACAAGAAGCAAACAAAUUCAACAGAUACCUAAAGAUUGUGGCCAACCUGCAAAUGAAAUUGCACAGCACAUUUUCUUCGGGUUUUUCCUCCCCCAGCAUGUUAAUUUGAGCUAAUCUGUUGUCUGUAGAGGAUGUUAACUAACAUGCACUUAAAAAAAAAUUAACAAAACAUUUACACUGUACAUUUGGCCAGUAUGUACCUAAAAUGAAUAAGUGAUUUGUACAGUAAUUGGUUGUAUUUGCUUGAAUAAAAACGUAGGACGUGUUUUUACUGUAUACCAGUGUCUUAAAGUUGUAAGAUGAAAUAAAUAACACAACACAGAA